GCUUCACUAGUUUCGUACCCGAGUUGACUAUUCUUCAAAAUUCCGUCUCAUGGACCUUUUUAUACUUUAAUAUUACUCCUCCGCUGCUGAGAUGGCGGAAUCUGCGUCUUGUCCGGUGUUUCAGCUGGGGAAACCGCGCUAUGACCAGAGUGCAUUUCUUGGCAGGUUCAGGCACUUCAUUGACAUCAUUGAUCCUUCAACUCUGUUUGUGACAGAGAGUCGUUUAAAAGAAUGUGUCAAACUCCUGUAUGAUUUCAAGCAAGGGAAUAUUCCUCCAGGAGUAACAGAUCACCAGCUCUGGGAGGCUCAGAAGGUGAAGCAGGCCAUCAUUCAUCCUGACACUGGUGAAAAAAUCUUCAUGCCUUUUCGGAUGUCAGGCUAUGUGCCAUUUGGAACACCAAUCGUUGUAGGUCUUCUCCUUCCAAACCAGACUUUGGCCUCCACUGUAUUCUGGCAGUGGCUCAACCAGAGUCACAAUGCUUGUGUGAACUACGCCAACCGUAACGCCACAAAGCCUACACCAACCUCAAAGUUUAUUCAGGGAUAUCUGGGAGCUGUCACCAGUGCUGUUUCAAUUGCAGUGGGUCUGAAUGUACUGAUCCAGAAAUCCAGCAAAUUCAACCCCACUACCAGACUGUUAAUACAAAGGUUCAUCCCCUUCCCUGCUGUAGCAAGUGCGAACAUCUGUAACGUGGCUCUGAUGAGACACAAUGAGCUGUCUGAGGGAAUAGAUGUGUUGGACAGCAAGGGGAAUGUGGUGGGAUCUUCACGGAUAGCUGCCAAACAUGCACUUAUAGAGACGGCACUGACACGAGUGGCUCUACCACUGCCAAUCUUUGUCCUUCCACCACUCAUAAUGUCCUUCUUGGAAAAGCUUCCGCUGAUGCAGGCCCAUCGCAGGAUGAUGCUGCCUGUGCACAGUUUAGUGUGUCUGGCUAUCUUUGGUUUGUCCUUGCCGCUGGCUAUAAGCCUCUUCCCACAGAUGUCAGAGAUCGAGGCAUCUCACCUUGAGCCAGAAAUUGCCAUGGCAACAGAUUGCAAGGUGCUGUCUUACAACAAGGGACUAUGAUGGAAGAGAGUGAGAACGAGGGGAAGCAAAGGGAAAGUUCUCCUCAUUUUAAUCUGCUGUCUAAGAUUGCCAAGGACAUGUAGUACAACAGGUGCAAACAGUAUUGAGGAGGGAAUGCAUUCUGAGCAAUAGUAACCAGUUAACCCUUUCAUAAACUGCUGCCAUUUUGCAAUUUUGAUAGAACUAUUGAUAAAGUAAUAAUUACAGUAUUUAAUCUUGUACUGACAACAAUGACAGGGAGAAAACAAGGCCAGUAAAUGACUGUUAAAUGAUCAUUACAAUUAUAGUAAAUAAUGUUGAAGAAAUGGGAGGAUAGGUAAGUACAGCUUUAUAUUGUAUUAUUCUGCGGUUAUUAUAUGGACAGUGAAUGCACUUUAAUGAAAAUGUAAUCCUAAUUAACCUGAGGUGUCUAUUUGCAUGUUUUACUUAACAUUUUCUGAAACACUGAAAGAUUACUAUAAAAAAAUGUUUUAUGUGUACAUGUAUGAAGUUUAGGUCUUUUAAAACAUGAUAUUAAAACAUAAGUAUUAACAUUUUAAAACUAUUUAUACACUAUUAACAUACAAAUAUAAGUUUGGAAAUGUUACUAUUUUUGAGGCUAUG